AGUCUCUUUCAUAAAAGCUCGAAUCUUUGAUCUUUUGUUGCGCUUUGUUCGAUCUCUCUACAAUCCAGGAGGUUAUAUAGAGUUUAGUUAUAUGCAUAUAGAGUGCUAGAGAGAGAGAAAUGGGAUAUAUUGGAGCUCAUGGAGUUGCUGCACUGCAUAGAUACAAAUACAGUGGAGUAGAUCACUCUUAUGUUGCCAAAUAUGUACUACAACCCUUCUGGAGUCGCUGCGUCAAUUUCUUCCCUCUUUGGAUACCACCUAAUAUGAUUACACUUACAGGGUUCAUGUUUUUAGUUGCGUCUGCACUGCUUGGUUAUAUAUAUUCACCUCGCUUGGAUUCGGCCCCACCAAGAUGGGUUCAUAUUGCACAUGGAUUACUUCUCUUCUUAUAUCAGACUUUUGAUGCUGUUGAUGGAAAGCAAGCAAGAAGGACAAAUUCCAGUAGUCCAUUGGGAGAGCUUUUUGAUCAUGGAUGUGAUGCUCUUGCAUGUACGUUUGAGUCAUUGGCCUUUGGGAGCACUGCGAUGUGCGGAACAAGUACGUUUUGGUUUUGGGUGAUAUCAGCUGUUCCAUUCUAUUUCGCAACAUGGGAACACUAUUUCACCAAUACCCUUAUUCUUCCGGCAGUAAAUGGACCUACAGAGGGUCUCAUGUUGAUAUAUCUUUGCCAUUUCUUUACAGCUAUAGUUGGUGCUGAGUGGUGGGCUCAACAGUUUGGAAAGUCCGUGCCUUUCUUGAGUUGGGUUCCGUUUAUAAAUGAAAUUCCAAUUUAUGGAGUUGUGUUGCUACUAAUGAUAACCUUUGCUGUUAUACCAACUGUCUCAUGCAAUGUGCAUAAUGUUUAUAAGGUUGUUCAGGCAAGAAAAGGGAGCAUGCUACUGGCACUUGCCAUGCUUGUCCCGUUUGUGGUGCUCAUGGGAGGAGUCCUGGUUUGGGAUUAUUUGUCUCCAAAUGAUUUAAUGGGGAAUUAUCCACAUUUCAUUAUAGUGGGAACUGGACUUGCGUUUGGAUUCCUUGUGGGAAGGAUGAUUUUGGCUCAUUUGUGUGAUGAACCUAAGGGCUUGAAAACUCAUAUGUGCAUGUCUCUGUUCUAUCUUCCUUUUGCCAUUGCAAACACACUCACUGCCUGGCUGGAUGAAGGAAUUCCUUUAGUUGAUGAGAGUUGGGUUCUUCUUGGUUACUGUGUAUACACAGCGGCACUUUAUCUGCACUUUGCUACAUCUGUUAUUCACGAAAUAACUACAGCCCUAGGAAUCUACUGUUUCAGAAUAACAAGGAAAGAAGCUUGAUAUGAGCUGGCAACUUGGGAUAUAUGCCGCAGAGUGUAGGUUUCUUGGCUUGACAGUAUUUACAAAAUUUUGACAGGGUCCAGGACACAGGUUCCAGUUCAAUACUCUUCAUUCUUGUAAUGCAUUAUGAAUUACUUUGGAGUUGGUCAUUGGAGAUGUCACUUCAUCCGAAUUAAAUAUUGGAUUAGUUCUUAUCUUACUCAUGUUUGAGGGGGUGCUGGUUUUUUUUGGAGAGAGAGAGAGAGAG